AUGGCAGUGCCUGGUCCUCCUGUGCGGCGGCACUCCGCGCGGCUCCAUGAAGCCGCGAAGAAGACACAAAGCGCGAGCAAGUCCGCUGCUGUAGCCGCCGUAGCCGGCGUAGCCGCCGUGGCGGUCCCCAAGGCCAAAGCGGCCAAGGCCAAAGCGGGCAAGGCCAAAGCGGGCAGCCGGUUGGUCACUUACUCGGCUCGGCGUGUGGAGAGCCGUCCGAGCCGCGGUCCAAAGCUGGCCAGAGCCAAGACCGACGAGGAGGAUUGGGACGCAUCGGAUGGCGGGGAUGAAAGCGAUGAUGUAUACCCGACAAGAAAUGCAGGCAGCAAGAGCACCAGGAGCCGCCAAGUGGCCCCAGCCAAAGUGGCCGCAGCCAAAGUGGCCGCAGCGAAAGUGGCCCCCAAAGCCGCUUCCAAGAGACCUGCGAGGACGAAGAAGGCGGAGCCUCCGCCCCGGCCGUCCAAGCCGUCCCGGCGCUCAGCCUUGAAGCGCUCCGGCACGGACUCAAGAGAGGCUGAGGCCCCUGCUGAGCCUCCAGUGGCCCAACAGGACUGGGGCGCUUGGCUGACGUCGAACAGAAUCAACGUCAAGAUGCUCCAGCCGCAAGCCAGCAAGACCAGGGAAGCUGCAACGUCCCAUAAACGGAAAGCAGUUGCAGCCGUCGCUUCACGACCUGGAGGCAAAAGCAAGGUCCAGAAUUUUCCGGCAUCCAAACAGUCCAAACCCACAGUCGAAGCGAGCAAGUCCGACCGCUCCGGCUGGUGGGCUCUGCCGGAGGUUUCUGUGGAUUUGCCGUUGGAGGAGCUGUGCUUUUCCGGGCCGCCGCCGACACCGACGCCAUGUGCCAGUUCCGCGAAGACGUCGCAGGAAGCGGAAACGGCUGAGGCUCCGGAGGCCGAGGUGCCAGAAACGCCAGGUCCUGGAGAAGUGGCUGGGUCGAGCCAAGCGCCCGUCUCUGGCUGA